GAUCUCCAUUACGUUUGUUUGGUACAAUUAAUUAGAAGAACUUGACGUUAGUUAUAAGCUCGUCGUGUGCACCUAUAUAUAUAAUAAGGUAAACAGAGGACGUAUCCGAGCAAUUCGCUCAAAAUUCACCUACAAUUUCCUGAUUCCCACCAAAUUUCGGAUCACCAUUCUCUUCUUCUUCCUCCUUCAUUCAUCCCUAAUCCCAAUUCCCAACAAAUAAUCAGAAGCAACCCAGAAACCCACAAUAAUGGCUAAUUUUUCCAUAUUCAUUUCUCAAUACUGACAUAAGAUUCCCCUUUUUCUUGACUGUUUACCAGAAAUAAAUGCAUUACCCAGUUUUGUUUUACCCUUAAUCUCUUAAAACACGUUUGCUCCUUUUCUGGAAAAACAUUUAUUCUCUCUUUCGUCGAAAAUUCUUCCCAGAAAAACCCUUUAAAGUAGCGCGUAAUUUAGUAGAUAAGGUCAAUUCUGGCCUAUACAUUAAUGGAGUGAAGAUCACGGCCAUUUCUGUUGAUUAGGGAAUAUAAAUAAAUUUAGACCAAUAUCGUGUUUGCGUAAUUGAUUGAGUCAGAUUCGGAAGCGAAAAUGGAGAGGUAUUUAAGUCAGAAUUUUGAGGUGAAACCGAAAGGAUCAUCAGAAGAAGCGUUGGAAAAAUGGAGGAAUUUAUGUGGUGUUGUUAAAAACCCAAAACGUCGUUUUAGAUUUACGGCUAAUCUCUCUAAACGUUAUGAGGCUGCUGCUAUGCGUCGAACCAAUCAGGAGAAGUUGAGAAUUGCUGUCCUGGUUUCCAAAGCUGCAUUUCAGUUUAUCCAAGGUGUGACACCAAGUGAUUAUGUAGUCCCAGAGGAAGUGAAAGCAGCAGGUUAUGAUAUCUGUGCUGACGAAUUGAGCUGUAUUGUCGAAGGCCAUGACUUAAAGAAGGUAAAGUCCCAUGGAGGGGUAUCUGGCAUUGCAGAUAAGCUUCGUACAUCAACUGAAAACGGGCUUACCACAACAAACCCAACUGUCCUUGCUCGUCGACAGGACAUUUUUGGUAUCAACAAGUUUGCUGAAGCUCAACUUCGGAGUUUUUGGGUUUUUGUUUGGGAAGCUCUCCAGGACAUGACAUUGAUGAUUCUUGGCGUAUGUUCUUUCGUCUCUUUGAUAGUUGGGGUUGCUACAGAAGGUUGGCCUAAAGGGGCGCAUGAUGGGCUCGGCAUUGUAGCUUCCAUAUUACUUGUUGUAUUCGUUACUGCAACAAGUGAUUACCGUCAGUCCUUGCAGUUCAGGGAUCUCGACAAAGAAAAGAAGAAGAUUGCUAUCCAAGUCACAAGGAAUGGAUUCAGGCAGAAAAUGUCUAUAUAUGACUUACUUCCUGGUGACAUUGUGCACUUAUCUAUAGGAGAUCAAGUCCCAGCUGAUGGUCUUUUUGUGUCAGGAUUCUCGGUUUUAAUCGAUGAAUCAAGCUUAACGGGAGAAAGUGAACCUGUUAUGGUGAGUGAGGAAUACCCUUUUCUUCUCUCGGGUACAAAAGUCCAAGAUGGAUCAUGCAAGAUGAUAAUCACAACCGUUGGGAUGAGGACACAAUGGGGCAAGUUGAUGGCAACUCUUAGUGAAGGAGGAGAUGAUGAGACCCCAUUACAGGUCAAACUCAAUGGCGUUGCAACCAUUAUUGGAAAAAUUGGACUGUUCUUUGCUGUUGUGACUUUUGCAGUGCUUGUGAACGGCCUGAUUACACGUAAAUGGCGAGAAGGUUCUCAUUGGUAUUGGGGCGGGGAUGAAGCUUUGGCAUUGUUGGAGUACUUCGCAAUCGCUGUUACUAUUGUUGUGGUCGCUGUUCCCGAGGGGUUGCCUUUGGCUGUGACUUUAAGUCUCGCUUUUGCUAUGAAGCAGAUGAUGAACGACAAGGCCUUGGUCCGCAACUUGGCUGCUUGUGAGACGAUGGGAUCAGCUACUACUAUCUGCAGUGAUAAAACCGGAACUCUGACUACCAAUCACAUGACUGUGGUAAAAUCCUGUAUUGGUCUGAAUGUUAAGGAGAUUAGUAAAGAAUGUAGCUUGCGUUCUGAGUUACCUGAUUCUACACUUAAGCUUCUGGUUCAAUCGAUAUUCAAUAACACCGGAGGGGAGGUUGUUGCUAAUAAAAAAGGAAAGCAUGAAAUAUUAGGAACCCCAACUGAGACUGCACUCUUGGAGUUUGCCUUGUCAGUUCUAGGUGGUGAUUUUCACGCUGAAAGGCAAGCCUCUAAGCUUGUCAAAGUCGAGCCAUUCAACUCUACAAAGAAGAGGAUGGGUGUUGUACUAGAACUUAAUGGUGGAGGUCUAAGGGCCCACACCAAAGGUGCUUCAGAGAUAGUUUUAGCUUCCUGUUCUAAGGUCGUCAAUGCUAAUGGAGACGUUGUUCCCCUGGAUGCAGAACUUCUGGAGCAUCUUAAGGUUACUAUCGACGAGUUUGCAAGUGAAUCUCUCCGAACCUUGUGUCUCGGCUAUAUGGAUCUUGAGAACGAGUUUUCUCCAAAUGACCCUAUGCCUGCUGAAGGGUACACUUGUAUAGGAAUUGUGGGGAUCAAAGAUCCUGUUCGACCUGGAGUCAAAGAAUCGGUUGCAAUGUGUCGUGCAGCAGGGAUAACUGUAAGGAUGGUAACUGGAGACAACAUAAAUACAGCCAAGGCUAUCGCCAAGGAAUGUGGUAUUCUUACUGAUGAUGGUAUUGCAAUAGAAGGUCCAGUUUUCAGAGAGAAGAGCGAAGAAGAAUUAGAGAAAAUCAUUCCGAAAAUUCAGGUUAUGGCACGAUCUUCUCCCCUUGAUAAACAUACACUAGUGAAGCACUUAAGGACAACAUUUAAUGAAGUUGUGGCAGUCACAGGAGAUGGUACAAAUGAUGCUCCAGCUCUUCAUGAAGCUGACAUAGGACUUGCAAUGGGCAUUGCUGGUACUGAGGUGGCUAAAGAAAGUGCUGAUGUUAUAAUUCUAGAUGACAACUUUUCUACAAUUGUAACUGUUGCUAAAUGGGGACGUUCAGUUUACAUAAACAUUCAAAAGUUCGUGCAGUUUCAGCUGACUGUUAAUGUCGUUGCCUUACUUGUGAACUUCUUUUCGGCCUGUUGGACAGGGAGUGCUCCACUCACAGCUGUUCAGCUUCUAUGGGUGAACAUGAUAAUGGAUACCUUAGGAGCUCUUGCAUUGGCUACUGAGCCUCCUAAUGAUGAAUUGAUGAAGCGAACACCAGUUGGAAGACAAGGAAAUUUUAUCAGCAAUGUCAUGUGGAGGAACAUACUUGGCCAAUCCCUCUACCAAUUUAUCAUUAUUUGGUUUCUCCAAGCAAACGGGAAAUUUUUGUUUCGUCUUACAGGUCCGGAGGGCGAUUUAACCUUGAAUACUCUCAUCUUCAACUCAUUUGUCUUCUGUCAGAUUUUCAACGAAAUAAGCUCUCGAGACAUGGAGGAGAUCGACGUUUUGAAAGGCAUAUUAGACAAUUACGUUUUCGUUGCUGUCAUCAGUGUCACUCUCGUCUUUCAAGUGAUAAUCGUUGAAUAUCUAGGUACAUUUGCUAACACCACACCGCUCAGUUUCAUGCAGUGGUUUGUUUGUAUCUUUGUUGGAUUCUUGGGCAUGCCGAUUGCUGCUGGCUUAAAGAAAAUACCAGUUUGAGACUCUUCAACUUGAAAGUGCAGUUUGUAUUGUUCAAGUCCAGAAAAUAUAUGUUUGCAUUAAGCACUAACACAGUCUAACGCGCCAUAAUGCUGCUGACUUUGUGACCAGCUCAAACAAGUGAUUUCAAGUACGCUUUUGCGUAUGUGCUGAACCAACUUAACUGUUUUAUAUGUUGCACAAUUUAAUAUUAAUCUAGUAAUUUGGGAAAAAAUCUUUUCCCCAAUUUUCUGAUGUAAUUCAUGUUUUCGUAAUCUGGGCACUUUUGGUCCUUUGGAUGCCCGGAUUUAGAGAAGUAGAUUGUGAGUUUAGAAAAUUAGGAAAGUCUACAUGUACACCAUUAUGGUAUGUUUUGUAACUUGGAUUUUGAUUUCUUUUAAUUUAUUUGUAAUCAAUUACAUCAUCUAUGGAAAACUAGAUUUCUUCCCA